UGUUUGCACUUCAAAGCUUUCCGUUUCUAUACGCUUAACUUUUCAUUAACUGCAAUAUUUUGAAAUUCUAUAUAAGGACUCAUUCUAGGAAAACUACUUUAGUCCACUUGGUCGUUCAGGAUGGGUUUUGUUGUGGGAGCUCUUUUUUUACUUUCUUUGUCAUUUGGAGCAGUUUUGACUGCCAAUGAUCCUAUGCCUCCCAAAAUACCAGAAACCUUCUCCAGUUGGUACUUUUUUUUAGAUGUUGACAAUCAGAGUACUAUUAUUUCUAGUAAUGAAGGUUACAUGGCAAGGGAUGUGCUGGGAAAAAGAGCAUUACAAACUGGUACUACAGUAUUGUCGGGCAUGUUUUAUAGCUACUCUUUCCUUGACAUAUUGAACAAGAAUGCAUCAUAUCACACAAUUUGGGAUUCGGAUGGCAACAAGACAUGUUACAUAUAUGAUAAUGAUAGUCCUGGAUUAAUGCCAAUGUGGGACUGGAUUCAAAAUGCAACGUACAUAGGCAGUGAUUUUAAUGAAGACAUCUGGAUGUAUUAUGAUGAUUCUGCCAAUGUAAGUAUGGUUGUUAGUGUACCUUCAAACAAUCCCAUUAUUCCACUGGAAUUAGAAAUAGAUGGUACAGAUGAUACUGAUGCUAGCAGUGGUACUUAUUCUGGGUUUGAUCCAAAUUAUUCACCAGUUGAUGAUGAUUUUAAUAUACCAACUGACUGCGAACCCGUUGGAAAAGGUGACCCUCCACCUAUUCACUUUCUCCCCCACUCUCUUCACAGUUUUAGAUCAAAUAAAAAGAUUCAUCAUCAUAUGAAGAUGAACCACAUGAAGCCUUUGCAUGGAUAUAAAAAGAUUCCAAACAUGUUGAGGAAAAAGAUGAAAAAACUUCGUAAAUGAGCUGAACUGAAUUGAAUCCUAAAAUUAUGUACUCUUGAUUUAACUCCUAGCUGCAGUAGAUAGAUUUAUUUUUGCUGAAACUAGAAUUAGAACUAAACUAUUUUUAAUUGUUUAAAUAAUGCUAUUAUGCAUGUAGUGAUUAAUGAUUUGACAUCAUUAUGAAUUGGUCUAUCAUAUCAAAGCAUAUAACCUAGCUUAGGUGUUCGAGGUAGAUAGAUACUAUGUGCAUCCACUUGGGCCAGAUGAGUGGGGCCUCAGAAGAAAAGUUUUGAGCAAAAAGGAAAGGAAGGAGUUCUAUCUUAGGCCACUAGGAUUUACUGUUGUUAUGUGCUGAAACUAAUUUGUGUGUCCCUUUGUCAAUUCAUUGUUUUUUGUUUAUUGCUGCACUUGUUGUGUAAACUUUUUCAAAUUUAGCUUUCACAUUCCA